GAAAGAGCCAGUGUUGGCCGGCCCCAGGACUCAGGAGCUGCACUGUGCUGUGCUGUGCGUUUCCAGGGACGUGCCCUGAGUGGACAAAUCAUGCUAAUUGUCUGGGAGAGAAACCCAGCGCUAGACCCAAGAUGAAGGCAGAGAGAGAGGCUUCCUCAAAAGCGUUGCCUGUCGCUGCACUUUUGCUCAAAUUGUGCCUUCUCCUGUUCUCUCUAUCAGACGGUGUCCAAGGCGUGAACAUCACCAGCCCAGGGUCCCUGAUUCGGGGCACUCUGGGCGGGGAGGCCCUGCUCUCGGUCCGCUACUCCAGUACCAGCGCCGACCAGCCCGUCAUCAAGUGGCAGCUGAAGAGGGACAAGCCCGUGACGGUGGUGCAGUCCAUCGGCUCGGAGAUCAUCGGGAACCUGCGGCCAGAGUACCGCGACCGCAUCCUGAUCUACGACAACGGCACCCUGCUCCUGCACAACCUCAAGCUCUCCGACGAGGGGGCCUACGAGGUGGAGAUCUCCAUCACCGAUGACACCUUCACCGGCGAGAGCAGCGUCAACCUCACCGUGGAUGAGCCGGUGUCUAGACCCUACGUCCACAUGGUGGCCUCCACAGUGCUAGAGCUGAGCGAGCACUUCACCCUCAACUGUUCCCACGAAAACGGGACCAAGGCCAUCUACAGCUGGCUGAAGGGAGGGAAGCCGCUGGCCAAUGACUCGCGCCUGCAGCUGUCUCCAGACCAUAAGAUCCUGACCAUCGCGCGGGUGCUAAUGUCUGACGACGACAUCUACAGCUGCUCGGUGGAGAACCCCAUCAGCAGCAUGAAGAGUCCGCCCGUCAAACUCACCGUCUACAGGCGGAGCUCACUUUACAUCAUCCUCACCACCGGGGGCAUCUUCCUCCUCAUCACCCUGGUGACGGUCUGUGCCUGCUGGAAGCCCUCCAAAAAAAAAAAACGCCAGAGAGACAUGCAGAGUUCCUCAGAGAGUCCAUGCCAUAAUGAAGCCAAGCAUGAGGUUGAUGUUGUACCAAAAAUGACAGAUCAUGAACGGAGGAACCCAGUGGCCCUGUACGUCCUCAAGGAACAGGAUUCCCCCGAGAGGGAGAAUGGGUCACCGUGUAACUCUCGCAGCCCCUCGGAGCCCAGCAGCCCACCGAGCUACAUCAGCUCUCUGCCCCCUUCCUCAUGUUCCCCAGACCCCCCAGCCCGCUCCUCCCGCAGGUACCCCCGAACCCCAGCCAGCUCCCCGCCUUCCCUCCAUCACAAGUCCCACGGCCACUCCGCUACCUCCCCCCCUCACCCCCGUGGUUCAGGUCGUGUGCCCCGCUUGCCAGUGGGUGUGCCCACGGUCCACCAAACGGAUGAACCAGCCCCCUCCUUAGAAAGCGCUUCCCAGACGCAGACCUAACUACCCUCUGAUGUUCCGCCCUUACCUUUCAUCAAACUCCAUUUCCCAUAGGCCCCUCGUCCAGUGGCACUGCAGAAACAUGUCCUCCUGCAUUUCUGUUUGACUGUUCACAAAUGUGCAUAAAGCCAAUUUAUGGUUCCAAGAACGUUCCCGGAAUAUCAAUGUAAAUGUUAUGAUGUAUAUAACUGGCUUCCUAGAUAUUCCUUCAACAUCAUUUGACACAAAAAAAACAAUUGCAGGAACAUUUAGAAUGCUAUUCAGUUCUGUUGUUUCAAUUAAAGGAGAAAUUGAAUGAUUUAUUGUUAUACAUAUUCAUUUUAUUCUGUAUGUUUUUUCCAACAAAAAAGAAAUAUGGCACUUCAGUAUCUCAAUUCAGAACAUUAUAAACAUUGUAGAAACAACAAGUACCCAUAAUGUUUUUGAAAUAACUAAAUAAUAAUUAUCAGGCGAUUUUACCAAUAUAGGGAAAUGACACAUUUAUGAUUUUUUUUUUUUUUUGUGAUUUUACGGAACAAUAAAAUACUUUUUAAGACUACUUGAGAAAUGAUAACUCACCAAAUGGGAAUGUAACUGGAAUGUUCCUCAUUCUUCAUGAAAUGUUGCUGAUAGAUGGGUAAGAGUGAAACUGUAAGGAUGAGAAGCAGCUGCCCUUGUUCAUUUGGCUGUAAUCUAAUGUCAAAAUUAAUUUUAAAGGAUCCCAGGGUAUCUGACUCCACUACACAUCCCAGAAUGUUAUUCUACACAAUAAAUUAAUCUGUGUGUGAAACAAAUAUUUUCUGGUGUUAAUGUGAAAUGUAUGUAUGUACCUGUUUUUUUGAUUGUUUGAUAAGUUUACUUUAGGAACAAUAAAUUCAGACACUAUCACUGCAGCAGGUGUGUUUCAGCCUCAGACCUGUCUAUAUAUACAUUCUAUAUAUUAUUGUUUAAACCCCUCUGUUCAGCUGAAUGGGAGGGGCUAAUUGUACAAAAAGUGCUCUCUUCCAAUUGGUCCUGUGACUUUGAACUGGACCAAGACUACCGCAUAUGAUUUUCUUGAAACAUAUGGAAAUUUAUUUUUUCCUUGCUGUAUCUGUAAUAGGAUUUAUUAAAAAUAGGUCACUUUCUAUCUACAUAAAUAAAUUCCACCCUCAGUUUCUGCAACAGUUUCUGUACUUGCUAAAUUUUAGUCUGUUCAGAUGCAUGUUAUGAUUCAUGUCAGUUUUUUGCAAUAAAAGAAAAAUAUGCUGUUCCAACCAUCCCAGUUACAUAAUAUGAUAUUUUUAGCUAAGGCACUUUUUCAGGCUAACAAUCUGCUGAAUAAUAUAAACUAUCAGUACACAAAUAUGUGAAAAUUAGUUUUGAACCCAUUGAAAUAUUGCAUAGUCUGCACUGCAUGCCCAAACCCAUUUAAUGGUAUUUCUAUUUUUUUAUAUUUUGUAUUUAUUAUCUUGACAAACCAACAUAUUGUUCAUGUUUUCUGCAAAGUCUGGUUCUCUGAAAAAAUACAAAAUACAAUCCCAAGUCAAUAUCAUAAAAGUUAUUGAAAAAUGAUAUCCAUUAUACAUUAUUUUUUAGAUUACAGUAUGUUACAUAACAAAUCUUUUUAUGGUAUGAGCCUUUGUGUUCAGGAAAAUAUGUAUAAAUAUAUUGUAUAUGAUUUGUAUAUAAAUACACUAUAUUUCUUAUGGGGUUUCUCUGCAUCUUUUUGGUUUAAUGUUUUCGUCCUUUUUAAUACAACUAAUGUACUGUGCUGUAGCUUGAACAUUUUCAAUGAUGAUGCAUCUAUUAUUGUGAUGUAAAGAGUUAUGUAGAAAAAGAAAACACAGAAAACAAGCAUGUAAAUGUUCAAAGAAAACACAAUAAAAACAAAGGAAACCAUGGAGGUGACUUUAA